CACAGGAACCAUAACACUGAGCAGCAUUAGCUCCAACCUAGCAGUUAGCAGUCGUUCACUUUUAUUUAAUGUUAACAACAUUUGACCAAGGCUUCUGUUCCAUCUUCAUCCGGAUAUACCGAAGCAAAAAGAUUCGUAUCAACUAAGUGGAGAGAAGCGAAUCCUCAAGUAAUGGUAAUUUGACCGCAUGUCAGCAGGCUAGCAGGAGUUGUGUUUUUAGUUGUUUGUUUUGCUUGCUUCAGCUUUUAUCUUUAAAGUUGAUUAUCUGGUGUUUUCUUCCACCGUGGUGCCAUUCAUAUGAAUAUGUGUGUACUGCUGUGUAGACGUUAUUACGGGUGAUUCUACGCUAUAAUUUGUGACAUCGGAUACAACGCGAAGUAAAUAGGAAGUAAACACCACAGACUUCCAUAUGUUGUCACAUAAUUCAUUAUCCGCCUCGAGUAUCUCAGAAUCAUUGAAGAUGCAAUCAGGUUAAAAUUCCUCUCUGUGAUACUUUAAUUUAGACAAUCCGGAUGGCUGCUUUUGGCUUUACUCCCGCUAGUGGUCAGGAUGUUUUUAGCUUUGAAAUCAGGCCAUCUAGCUCUAAAAUAACCAGCAGCCCCCUGAGUGGAUCAGAGGCCAGGGUCUUCUAUGAAAACCUGACGAAAGAUGAUGAUAAGAAAGAGCUUGGAAAGAAAGAUGGGGAUGUCAAACAGAGAAAGAGAGGGUCCAGUCGGAGAGAGAGAAGGAGAUCCAGGACUGCAGAGAUGCAGCAGAGUCGGACUGGUCCUGACCCCCAUAGAGGACGGGCUGGUGAGAGUGAAGGCAGCUCUCGGGGGUCCUCCAUGCUGCAGGGGCUCAGGCUGCUGCGCUGUGCCCACGAGGGAGACAUACCUGGCCUGAAAGACCUCCUCUCUAAGGGGGUCGACAUCAACUUCCAGGACAGUUUCUUCUGGACUGCAGUGAUGUGUGCCAGCUGGUCGGGACAGAGGGCCGCGGUGAGGCUGCUGCUGCAGCACGGAGCUGCCUGGGUGGGAGUCGUCGAUACGCAAGGCAGAGAUGCUAAAGACCUGGCUCAAGAAGCUGGCCACAGUGAAGUACUGGAGGAGCUGUUGAACUAUGGAAAAAGGACACAAAGGAAGAAACCGUCUGAUAGCAGGGCGCUCCAGCCUCAGUGGUGCGAGGUUUGUCGUAGCGAGCACAGCGACAGCCUGACGUCGCAUCUCUCCUCCACUCUUCAUCAGUUCAGCCUCCGCCGUCCCCCGCCCACCCCGUACUACUGCCUCCCCCCGUCCAGCAACAGCUACAGGAUGAUGGUCCGUUCGGGCUGGAAUCCGGGGUCGGGACUGGGUCCAGAGGGUGAAGGGACCAAACAACCGGUUCCCACCGUCCUGAAGAGAGACCAGACAGGUCUGGGGUACGGACAGACCAAAAGAGCCAAAGUUACUCACUUCCAGGCCAGAGAUUGUGACGCUGUGAAGCAACCAUCCAGGGUAAAAGAGGAGCGAGUACACAGAGGAAAGAAGAAAGAAGAGAGUCAAAGAAAAGAGCAGAGGGAUAAGAAUUGGGAAAGAGAUUUCCGCACUUCCUUUUAUCUAUGACACUUGCUUACAGGGACUUUCCCACGUCGGACUCUUCCUAAUUUUUUUCUGAAACAGAUCAACUGCAAAAAUCUUAUAAACUGUUAAAACUGUGUGGGUGGUUGUAAACUACAUGAACUCUACCUCAGAGCUGAUGAUUGAAUGAAAUGUGCCUCUGUAACGACAUGGAUCACAACCAAAUCAAGAUUGCGUGAUAAAGCUCCGUAUUGACAACCAGUGAGUUUACUUUGACCCACUUCGUCUGUCAUAAAAGGACCAACUAUAGAUUUUUCGUGACUUGUUGCCUCAUUAACAUCAUAAAAAAAUAAACACUCUUGAUUCGAGUUUGAGAAAUAAUAGGAUGAGUACUGUGUGUACAAUGUUACUAUUUGGUAAUAAAGCUUUUUCACUCAAAGUUCCAGAAACCCCUUAC